AUGCUGACUUUGAUACAGUGCAGAUCUAUCAUUGAGAGCGGAACAGAACGUAGACUGACCUGUGGUUCUCCGAACAGCUUCGUCAAGACCCUCACGGGCAAGACUAUCACCCUCGAGGUGGAGUCUUCCGACACCAUCGACAAUGUCAAGUCCAAGAUCCAGGACAAGGAAGGCAUCCCACCUGACCAGCAACGAUUGAUCUUCGCCGGAAAGCAACUCGAGGACGGCCGAACACUCAGCGACUACAACAUUCAGAAGGAAUCGACUCUCCAUCUCGUCCUCCGUCUGCGUGGCGGUAUCAUCGAACCAUCCCUGAAGGCUCUUGCUUCCAAGUACAACUGCGAGAAGAUGAUCUGCCGAAAGUGCUACGCCCGUCUCCCCCCACGAGCCACCAACUGCCGCAAGAAGAAGUGCGGACACACCAACCAGCUCCGACCAAAGAAGAAGAUCAAAUAA